ACAACCGUGAUGCAGUUGCUUUGGUAAGUUUCCACUGACAGUUUCUUUUUGUACGAGACAUUUGUAGCACGAAAUCAAAACUGGCAUCUCUUGCACUUACGGCGACUUAGUUACAAAAAGCACCAACUUUGCUAUAAAUCUUCAAAGGACGCUGGGAGUCGUUCAAAAUGAUAAUGUUGCUAUUUUCGCUGAAAAUUCACACAAAUUCUGGGUAGCGACACUGGCUUGCUUGUACCUUGCAGUACCUUUCCAUUUGUUGAACCCAGAAUUUACCAUUUGUUGGUAGCAUUGUCGAAAGUUUGCGUAAUUCUGACAGUUUGAGUUUCAGACGAAUUAAAAAGGUAUCUGAUGAUGUCUGACCCAAAAGUAGUGAUUUGUCAGAAACAGGCCGUAUCCAAUGUUCAAUCGUUACGAAACGAAUGCACGUUUAUCAAAUCUAUCGUACACUACAGUGAUGAUGGUGUCGGUGACAAGGACGUCGUUUCGUUCAAAGACUUACUUAAAGAAAAUCAGAACGUUUCUUUUGAGGCCGAAAAAGUAACAGAAAUUAACGAUCGAGUAGCGUAUAUAAUAAAUUCUUCUGGGACUAGUGGUUUGCCAAAAGGUGUCAUGAUCCCCCAUGCGACUCUUCGUACAAAUAUAAGCCACUACAUAGACCCUAAUUUGUACCCUUACCACAGUGAUAGUGUACUACUUCACGUACUGCGCUUUCAACACAUCUUCGCUUUUACUAUUUGUUUUGCUGCAAUGUACGAAGGGAAUAAAGUAGUGAUGACGGACCCUAGUUCUGGUCCCCAAACAUACAUAGAAAAUAUUGAAAAGCAUAAAAUUUCUCAAAUGUUUAUUGUCCCCAUAAUAGUCGACUAUCUGGCUACUAACCCUCUCGUGGAUCAGCACGAUAUGUCUUCAGUUAAAGAAAUUCAUUCGGGAGGUUCGUUACUCCCGAGCGCCAUUCACGAUAAAACUUUAAAAAAGUUCAGAAUUAAGGCUGUCCGUCAAGUCUACGGAGCUACCGAACUUGGAAUUGCCGUUUUCAUUUCACCGCCUGGUUCAUUCGUACCAGAAAGCUGUGGUAAAUUAACUCCUGGAACUUCCAUUAAGAUCAUCGACAUCAAUACUGGCGAGCUGCUGGGUUGCAACCAACGUGGAGAAAUCUGCGUCAAGGCGACUACCAUGAAAGGAUACAUCAAAGAUCCUGAAAACACCCGAGUGGCUUUCGAUGCAGAUGGCUUUUACCGAACGGGAGACGUGGGAUACUAUGACGAAGAUCUCAACUUUUACAUCGUUGAUCGUCUGACAGAUAUUAUCAAGUACGAAUCUCGCCAAGUACCACCGGCAGAAUUAGAAGAUAUUUUGCUCAAACAUCCCGCGAUUAAAGAUGUAGCGGUUGUUGGCAAGCCUGAUAGGAAAGGAGAGGUGGCGGUGGCUUUUGUGGUUAAGAAGAAGGGGGUGGAGGUGGGAGAGAGGGAGAUUGUUGAGUUUGAGAAGAAGUUUGUGACUGAGGAGAAGUGGUUGCACGGUGGGGUGAGAUUUGUGGACAAUAUACCCAGGAAUCGAAGUGGAAAAAUUUCGCGGAAGGAUUUGAGGAAAUUGCUUGAGGAGGAAUUGAAAUAAGUGUUCGUUUCGGAAUUUAAAAAAAUAUUUUUGCGUAAUAGGAAUUCCAUACACAUGACGAUUUCGCACUAAACAUUGGAAUUCAAAUGGACAUGUGGCCUGUGCAUGCACAUAGUUUGAUAAUUCUAGGUACUAUUUCUUUUUUGUGAACAUUGCAGUACCGAGUUUGCUUUAGUCAAGAACUAGCGGAAAGCAAAGUCUGUCAUGUUUCCCAAAGAAAUAUUUCUGUUAUUAAUUGUUGCGGCAGUUUCUACAAACGCAGUGCUGGUUGUUAGAAUAGGAGUCGCUGGAAGUAAGUUACCACUUGAUUUUGGUACUUUGAUAUUACAAACUUAUCACGUUCCAUAUAACUUUUUGAUUAACAGAAGCAACAAAUGUAACUUCUGCAGCCGCCAAGAAUGCAAACCAAACAACAUCUUCAACACCUAGUAAACCAUCAAAUGGUUCUGUGUCAAAUGCCGCAAGUCAACCAUCUGUGAACUCAACCCAAGAUGUUCAAGAUACAAAUCGAGAUGCUAUUACCUCCUCCCCCAAUUUGAAUCAGUCUGAAUCUAGAUCUUCAAAAGAUGCACGUCAAGAUAAUCAGGAAAGUUAUUCCGAUUUAGAACCGUCAGACAACCCAGCUGAAAAAUCUACAAGUGGAAAAGUUCGAUUGUAAAAUUCAUAUCUGGAAUUGCUAAACCCAAAAUAUUUGCUUUGCUUUGUAGUUGAUUCUUUAAAAAAUAAAUGUUAAUGAAGUAGAA